ACGAACACCAUUAAUGAUGAGCUUGUAGAACUCUAGGAAAAGUAAGAGAAUCGAAAUGGUGUGAAAGUGAAGCCAAUGGGUGUAACUUCGUGGUGAUUGUUUGUGAUCUUGUCGGUACCUUUUGAUCUGUAUUCCCACUAUGUUUAAAGCAAUCUUUUUCACAAACGAUAAAUUAUAGGAAUUCCAACAGUACCCUAAUCGCAUUAUUUGUUCUUCCAUUCUCUUCGAUUUAAACAACUAGUUUUGAAUUUAUAGUUUCUAGGGUUCCUGAAUGCUUAACGAAAACAGGACUAAUUUUUAAGAUCGAUGGGGAGUGAGGUGGAAGUGAUUGAGGAUAGGGUUGAAGAGUUUAACGAUGUCGAAAACACCAUAUUUGUGGCAGUGGGGAAGAAUGUUAAGGAGAGCAAGUCGCUCAUAUCCUGUGCUUUACAGUGCUUUGCUAGAAUGAAGAUUUGUCUCCUUCAUAUUCAUCAACCUGGUCAAUUAGUCACACUCUUGGAUGACAAGUUCUCUGCCAGCAGAGUGAAAGAUCAGGUGGUCAAGGCGUGCCGGGAACGUGACCGGCAAAAGAUGCACAAAAUUCUAAAUGAGUACAAUCUUAUUCUUGAUCAAGCUGGGGUGAAGGCAGGUAAGGUGUGGAUAGAAGCCGGUAAGGUUGAAACAGGUAUUGUGCAAACCAUUGUACAGCAUGGCAUUCGAUGGCUUGUCAUGGGAGCUGCAGCUGAGAAGCUAUAUUCAAAGUAUAUGUCAGAUCCCCAGUCUGAUAAAGCAAUAUAUGUUUGCCAACAAGCUCCAAUCUCAUGUCAAAUCUGGUUUGUUUGCAACGGCCACCUCAUCUAUACAAGAGAAAGUUCUGGUGGUGCUAGACUUCAUACAAGGAGCAUUAAGGCAUUGCCAUCUUCAGAAACAGCAUUGACACUUUAUCAUGAAGCAGAUGCUAGCAUGGAAGUGAGCUCCUUGCAGUGUUUAGAGAAGGCCACAUCCGCAAAAAAUGGCACCUCAGAUUCGUUGCUGGUUCUUGCAAUAGAUGCUGAUGAGGAAGUCAAUUCCGCCCGGUGUCUAGAGAAUUCAAUGGUAUCAACAAAAAAUGUGUAUGGCACCUCAACUUCAACCAGUUUGCUGAUUAAUUAUGCAAGAGGAAAUGGAUCAACUUUACCCGCAUCUUAUGAAUCUCAAGACCAACUCGUUCAAUCAUGUUCUGCUAUGUUUCUGGAAGGACCUCAAGGCCUCUCGUCCUCUGAUUUGCUUGAUAAACUAGAGUAUGCUACCACCGAAGCUGAAAAUUCAAAGCAGAAAGCGUUUGAAGAGUCAAUAAGACGGUGGAAGGCUGAAGAAGAUGCCAAAGAGGCUAUACAUAAGGCUGAAGCAUCAGAAAAACUGUGUAUGGAGGAAAUUACACAGAUAAAAGAAAUGGAGGCUACACUUGUGAAACAAAAUCGGGAACUAGAAACAAUGAAGAAUCAGCAAGAUGAAUUCAAAAAAGAGCUUCAGAUGGUCAGAGACCAGAAACCAGGGCUUGUAGAUCGAAUUUCAAAGGCUCGUGAUGCAGAAAAAGAGUUGGAGGAGAAGAUUAUUCAAGCUGUGAAUCUCUUGAUCACUUUCAAAGAAAGACGAGAUAACUUGCAAGAUGAGCUUGAUAAUGCAAGGAGACAGAUUAAUGGACUUGCGAAUUAUGAUGAGACAACAAACGUGUCGCAAAUACAAUUCUAUAAGCCUUCUUUUUUGGAAAUCAUGGAGGCUACUCAGGAUCUCAAUCAAUCAUUAAAGAUUGGAGAAGGGAGGUGUGGUAGUGUUUAUAAAGGGAUCCUUCGCCAUGUAAGGGUGGCUAUAAAGAUGCUACCUUCCCUUGGUUCUCAGGGGGAGGCAGAAUUCGAACGUGAGGCAGAGGUUCUGAGUAGAAUGAGGCAUCCAAACCUUGUCAUGCUGAUUGGGGUUUGUACAGAAACUAGGUCUCUGAUUUAUGAGUAUCUUGAAAAUGGCAGCCUUGAAGAUCGAAUUGCUUCUCGGAGUACAACUCCACCGCUUCCAUGGCAAACUCGAAUAAGAAUCUCUUCAGAGAUAUGUUCUGCCCUUAUCUUCCUCCAUGGCAGUAAACCUCAUAUCCUCCAUGGGAACUUGAUGCUAACUAAUGUUCUCCUUGAUUCAAACUACGUAAGCAAAUUGAGCGAUUUGGGAAUUAACCGCUUGAUUUUCUGUAAAGAUCAAACUUCUUCCACUUCAUUCUACCACAACGUUGAACCUGAGGUUUCUGCUUAUAUGGAUCCUGAACUUUUGAAAUCUGGAAAGCUUGCUGCUUCUUCAGACAUCUACUCAUUUGGAGUUGUGUUGCUGAGAAUAUUAACAGGAAGGCCAGCCUCAAGUGUCGUAAAUGAUACCAGAUGUGCAUUAGAAAACGGGAAUUUUGGUACAAUUUUGGAUUCCUCGGCUGGGAAUUGGCCAAUUGAGGAUGCAACGCAGUUGGCUUAUUUGGGUUUAAGAUGCUGUGAAAAUGACCCUAUGAAUCGGCCAGAUCUUGUGAAUGAUAUAUGGACGGUGUUUGAACCAAUGAGAGAUCUGUUUACAACAUCACCCGUUGUUGCGUCUGAGAAACAGCGUCGAGUUCCCUCCUAUUUCGUCUGCCCCAUUUUUCAGGAAGUGAUGGAAGAUCCUUACAUAGCAGCAGAUGGUUUUACAUAUGAAGCAGAUGCCAUAAAAGGUUGGUUGAACAGUGGCCACAAGACUUCACCCAUGACUAACCUUAAGCUUGACCAUUGUGACUUACUCCCCAAUCAUGCCCUUUCCUAUGCAAUUCAGGAAUGGCAACAACAACAUUCCUAAAAUACCCUUUGUCGUGUUUUGACUUUUGUCAACUUAGCUUUUUAGGGUCAUACAGAUGUAUAUCAACAUUAAUUCAAUGUAUAAAUGCCACUAUUCAAAUA